AUGUAUUCUUCCGCCAAAUUUCUUAUUAUUCUUUCUGUAUUUGUUGUGGGGCUAUCUGCUGCUCCAAGGCAUCAUAAGCACCAUUCCACACCAUCUGUACAUUUGAAAACAGAUGCUCCUCCACCACCACCACAGCCAACUGAACAAAAAGAAGAUGUCUCAGACCUUCCUUUCAUCGGAACAGAAGGCCCCGCGGAAUCACAAACGGUAUCAGUAGUAGAUGGAUCAGAUGCUCCUGUGGAAUCUCAAACGGAACCAGCAGAAGAUAGAUCAGAUUCUCCUGUUAUCGGGUCAGAAGGCUCCGAUGAAUCUCAAACAGAAUCAGCAGGAGAUGUCUCAGAUGAUUCUUUUAUCGGAUCAGAAGCUCCUGUGGAAUCUCAAACAGAACCAGCAGAAGAUAGAUCAGAUGCUCCUUUUAUCGGAUCAGAUGGUCCUUUCAUCGGGUCAGAAGCUCCUUUCAUUGGAACAGAAGCUCUCGCUGAAUCUCAAACAGAAUUAGCAGGAGAUGUCUCAGAUGGUUCUUUUAUCGUAUCAGAAGCUCCUGUGGAAUCACAAACCGAAUCAGGAGAAGAUAGAUCAGAUGAUUCUUUCAUCGGGUCAGAAGCUCCUUUCAUCGGAUCAGAAGCUCCUGUAGAAUCGAACACAGAAUCGGAAGAAAAUUCACACGAAGAUUCCGAUGAGCCUGAACACUCUGACAGCCAUGAAAACGAUCACUAUUCCCCACCAGAGAUUGACUCAUCAGAUGACCCGGUGCUAAUUAGAAAAGGGCAUGGUAAAAGGGGAAAGCAUUUCACAUUGGAACCAGAAUUCGAGGAAACCACGGCAACUGUUUAAUUCUCAUUGGUUCUUUUUUCUGACCUUUUCUGAUUAAAUUUUUUUUGUAAAUAUAUUGAUGUUGUGAAUAAAAUUAUGUAUUUU